UAGACUAUAAAGCUUGCCAGUUAUAAUUAAGGCUUAAUUGUCUUCUAAUUUGUGUUCAUUGCAUUGCAGAUAUUUUUUUGUAGUGAUCUUUUAUAAUCAUAAUUAUAAUUGCAUUUUGAAGUCCUGGAAUAAGAGACUCAUAGAAUUGUGGAGUUGGCAGGGACCAUGAGGGCCAUCUAGUAAAACCCCUUGCCAUGCAGGAACCUUUUGCCCAACGUAGCGCUCGAACCCACGACCCUGCGGUUAAGUGUCUCAUGCUCUACCUCAGUAUGUUGCAACAUGAAACAGCAAGGGUGGGAUAGCUACAGUCCGGGUGCCUCAGAAUUCUGGUGGAGGGCCAGAUCCCCCCACACAACUGAGGGCUGUUCAACCUUUUUCCACUGGGAGCCACACACAACAGUGAUUCAGGGGCUGCAUUCCAGUGUAUGUAGAUGGAGCCAGUGGCAACAGUAAUGUGAUGACAAUAUGAUUUAUGUAAUUGUGCAUUUUACGUAAGCCAUGAAAUUUCAUCACAGUGGGACAGUAAGACAAAUCAUGUAGUUUUGGGAAGAAGACAAACCUGCAGCAGAACAGACAGCGCUGCAUAUUGGGAAUGGUGGAACAGAAAACGAUGCCUUCUUACAUACCUGGGCUCAACUCAAAAUGGGUCCAGAAAUCCUCCAGUGCUGUAGUGAAAGUUAGAUUUCAAAGCUAUUGCAAUUCAAAAAACCCAUCCCUGAAAAUAAAUAUAUUUGAGAUACUUCCCUGAUUAAACUUCCCUGCCUCUUAUCAACAUGGAUAUGUUGUCCUAUCAAGACAUUUGACUAUAAUUAUGUAAGGUUCCCUUUGAAGACAUUUUCAUAGCAUUUUCCUUUUGAUUUAUCACUCCCAGGGGCAUGACAUAACGGCCAGGUCCGCACAAAAUGCUAUGCCAUGGUUUGUUUAACAAGCCACAAAUUGACCACAAGUUUUCCCACGGAUUAUCAAGCUGACCAUGACUCCCAUCCCCCCAAGUUUGCUUUGUUUUAGCGGCUCUUGCCUCAGGCUGUGCUUUUUUUAUUUAGGUAUUUUAUAUACCACUUCAAAGAAAUCUCUGAGCAUUUUACAGCACCAUAAAAAUCACAAAUAAAUGCCAAAAGAAUGUACAAAUCCACAUUUAAAAUAACUCAAAACAAAUAGAUAAGAGAUCCUCUUAAAACACCACUAUAAAUGAGAACGACAUCAUGUGGGUAGUAUAAUAAAUUGCAGCAGAUCUAGACUUCUGAAAUACAACAGAGAUAGCCAGCUCCACCCACCAGCCUGCAUUUAUAGGUCACAGCAGCAUCGUCACGUCUGUUGUUCUUGUAGCUUCAUGUGUGGUUGGGGUAGGGUAGUCAGACAAACCAUAGUUCAGAUAAGGUGCUGUGCUUGCACAUAACACCAAGCCAUAGUUAAAACAAACCAAUGUUUGUAAGCCAACAAUAAACUCGGGGUUAAAGAAACUAUAAUUAGUGUUAUGUCCAGGCCAGGCCUUUGUGGAGAGCAUUUGAAAUGUUUUCCUUCCCUUUAGGUUUUAUUCAGAUUAGAUGCCAGAGCUGAAAACCGUUAUGCUUUUGACAAAACAAUCUAAGUAUGUUCAUGAUUAGGUCAUUUUUAAUGCAUUUCUAAUUUUAGGAAAUUGGACAGAGGUUUUAAAUAAAGUUGAAAAAGAACAUAUUGCCGCUGUGUUGUUGUAAAAUGAUAAUUUAUUCAAUUCCUUAAUCCACGAGAUUGUCUAUGUGUGAUCUGUGCCUCUAGCUUUCAAGGUGAAAUUUUUUAAUUGCACCCUGAAAAGGACUUGGGAAGAAUAUGCAAACCUUAGUAUAGUUGAUAGGGUGACAAAAUGCAAAUAACUACAGGGCUCCUGUACCUUUUAAUAGUUGUGCCUAGGAUAAUUUCUGAAGAUGCAACUUUUCACAUGCUUAUAUUGCUGCUUCUGAAGGACUAUUAUAGGUAUAGGAACAUUGUUCUUUUGCAUCAGGUUUCAUUAAUCAGGGCUUCAGGGUGGUUACUAUAAUUGAAAUGCAUUGUUGUCCAGGCAUAUAUAGUAAUUUGACUUAACCCUCUUAUUCCCUGUGCCAUCAUGGUAGCUUGCAAGCUAGAGAGUUGCUGGUCUCGCCUUUGCCAUCUUCAGUGCCAAGUCUGCAGAUGACCAGGAAGAGGAGUCUGUACAGUUUUAGUCAGGAUGUGAUACAAGGAGCUAAUAGGGUUUCUGUUUCAGCAACUUGUUGCUCAAGUGUAGACUGAGGUGCUCCCCAACACUUUGCUGAACCACUGAUUGCUUUAUUGCAUGUGCGCCCCCCCCACCACCACCACUUUCCAUCACGGUUACCUGCCAAGUAGAUAACUGGAAAAGAAAGGAAAGCAGAACCUUCUUCCUGAACUUCUAAUUAGAAGUUUAUGUGAUAAGGUGAAUGAAUAUACCUUGGCAAGAUUUAAUCCUGCAGAAGUUGAUGGAGACAUAUUUCACCAGACCAGUGGUAAGCUGAAUCUGAUUCAAUCAGAGGUAGUAUCAGCAUGUAUCCUUUUGUAUUACUGUUGAAGAGGGAUGAAUGUAGAGCUAAAAGUUGACAAAAAUAGGUAGAAAUAUUCAGUCUUCGUAGUUACCAUAUGUAACUAAUCCAUACAUUAGCAGAGGCAAAUUGCCUUUUUUUUUGGCCUUGCUGUGUACAUGCAGUUCAUGGUUCCCUUGUGAGCCUACACCUGUGGUGAACACAUUGCUGCUUUCACACAUGCACUUGAAACAUCUCAAACGUUGAGUUAUCAAAUGUAACACAUGAACUGGCCCUUAGCCAAGCUUGGCUGCCCUCAUGCCUUCCCUUGUUUUAGUAACAUGCAGAUGCAACACAGAACCAUGGCCUUGUUGUGGUUUUAUGUGUACAUCAAAAAUGUCGUGGAGGCAUGCAUUUUUAAGUUCGCCAUGUUGAGAUUUGAGACAUUGUGUCCUAAGGGCACUUGGCUGCCAGGUGUGAGAGAUGGAUUGCUAAGUCGGUGGUGUGAUCCCACAAGGAGAUUCUCAUGUUCUUAAGGCCAGUUUGGACUUGAUGUUUCCAAAGUGGUCUAUUCAGUAUUGUGUUUUCAGUAAGGCAACGUGCAGGGAUAAAACUUGGAAACCUGCCUGGAAAUAAACAGAUCUAGCAGUUGCAUUACAGAAUAUGUAUUGCCAAACAGCAUGAGUUGUGCUUCAUUUCAAGAUAAGCUAUUCAAACAAAGUGGAGGGCAGGCCCACUCAUGUCUUGGACUGUAUACUCUGAGCAUACAUUUAAAAAAAUGCCCAAAGUUGAACUUUGUUCAUAGGAGUGGCCAUCUUAAGAUGUGGCACAUGCAGUUUCUUUCUUAGUUUUCUCUGUCUUUUUAUAAGAAACAGUGUUGUUUCAAACACUCCACUUUCCUAAGUAGUGGGAAUGUGGUAUAGUAGUGUUGCAGGAUCAGUUUUAUAAUGACAAGAUAGUACUUGAAGAUUUAGGCUGCAAUCCUCAACAUACUUACUAUGGAGGAAACUCCAUUGAAUACAGUGGGGUUUAUAUUUGAGUAGUAUAAGUAUGAUUGUGCUCUUCGGGUGUGUUUUGCAGCAUUUAACACAGCAUAUAAGCAGUGUGUGUGUGUGUGUGUGCGCGCAUACCAGUAAGACAGUGCUUGUUUUUAAAGCAGGAUUACUGCCUCAAAACUACCAGCACAACCUAACAACAAGACUGUUUCAUGUCAGCCAGCUGCAGAACUCUGGUUUCUUUUCCUCCUUUCUAUCCAGAUUCUUGUUUUUGCAAUAUCUACUUUAUAAACAUACAGCUGGAAUUGAAAGAGAGAAGGUAGCCUUUCCCCUGCAGAACAUCAGUUUAGUACUAAGCAAUAUUUACAGCACUUCGGAAAGCCAGAAACCUCUUCUUAAUCUUCAAUAUCCAUCUGCAAAACUUAGAGCUUCUAAGCAGCAACGGCUUGGGGUAUGACUGGUGAGGUAUUUGAUUGAAAUCAAAUACAGUACUGUGCAAGCGAAAUGCUGCUCCUGCAGCUUUGAUGCAACUCACUCUAACCUAAAAGUAACAUCCACACAUUAUUAAAAUGCUUUUUCAAAAUUAUGCAUAUUAGAGUAUAAUUGCCAGCUUACCAUUAAUAAAUUCAGGUUACAAAAAUCAAUAAACAGUGGCCAUUUUCCCAUAAAGUUUUUGACAAUUCUGCUUUGAUAUAUAUCUAUUUAAAAAACCUAUUAUAUAUCUUUUAAAAACUUUGAAGUUUGGUGUGGGCAGUUUCCAAUAUUUAGUAAAAACUAGCAGUUGUUACCAUAUAUAACUAACCUUACAUUCCUUUCAUAUGAAAACUCCUGGGUAGGCUGAAAAACGGGUAGCAAGUUUAAUAGUAUAGUGUUAUUUGAUAAUUUCUGUCUUAAAAUGUUCAUUUUCUUCCGAUAAACUUUUGUGUAUGGGCAUCCCCACCUCAUAUGGCUGAAGUUUCCUUGACUUUUCGAAAGAUUUCCAGCAAUGAAAAAUGCAGCUCUUAGUAAUUGUAUUUGUUGCUACUGCUUUAUGUAUGCUUGUACCACAUAAGAGAGUCCAAAUUCCAGCAUAACAAGUUAUUUUAUUGGGAAUAUCCAUGGCAUCACAAUAUAUUGUAUGAAUGCAAAAACUUCCUGGAAAACAUUAUUGCCAGAAUGCAAAAUAAAUAAGGAUUUUGCAUUCUGUGACGUAAUAGUUCCCAGAUUCAUUUCCCUUAGGAAGAGAAGUUCUCAUGCUGUCUCCUGAAGUCUUGCACUGCAGUGUUGAAUCUGUAAAGUCUGAGCUUCUGAGUUUUUUCCUUUCAUCAAACUAUUUCAGAAUGUAUAUAGUUGAUCUGUUGGUUUGGAAAGCUGCGUGUCGUCAGAGUUAAGCAUAAACUUGAAUCUGUUUAUGGCUGUUCAGUGCUGCUUAACCUGAGCCAAUAAAACUAAGUGAACACGGUGUGCAAAAUAACGAGCUGAGCCCCAGGGCUGGUGGAGCAUAAAACAGGUAUCAGCUAGCUAAACAAAGCAGCUCCGUGUACUCUCACCAAACCACACAGCAAAGAAUUACUGUUGAACGGAGUGAACUUUCAGUUUCUGACCAUGCCAAUUUUUACAUUUGUUUCAGAACACGGGAGCCUGAAACAUGAGGUAAGUGUAACUUUUUGAAGUUUGGGUUGACAUUUAUUUUGUGGCUGAUCUAAAACAUUUCAUUUUUUUGGUGUUAGUGCUGGGAUCAUUUAAGGCUUUUGUGCUUGUGCUCUGGCAAAAUUGGAUUUAAAAGAUAGCGAAAGUGUUGAAUCUGCUCAAGAUUAAGAAUUUUCAAGUCCCAUUGGUUUCAGUGGGGAUAGCAUAUAAUACUCUUUAGAAAAAGAAAAAUACAAGGAUACUUUAGUUGCCUCAUGCCCCAGAUUUCUUAUUAAUUUCAUGGGGCUGAUGUUUUCUCCAGACUUCCUUGGUGUCCAAGACAUUAGCAGAACAUGUAUAAAAAGUAAUGGUUCAGUGUGAUAAACUACCAUGGGAUUUAGCAGAAGAAUUACAAGCAGUCUAAUUUUUUUCGCAACCUACUGAUGUAAGAGUAAUGCAGGAGUAUAAAGUUCAGCAGUUCUCAAUCUGUGUGCUGUAAAAUGUGCAGUCAAAUGCCGAUUUCCGAAGCUGAAUCCUUUGCCAUGGGAUCACUUGGAGAAUCUUUAAUAUUGUGACAGAAUAGUAAUGGGCAAAUGGGCACAUGUUCAAUGAGAUAACGAUAAUCCCAGAAUACUGUGUUAUUUUUGGUCCAUUUUGAGAAAGGUUUCUUUUUCCUUGGUUUUGGAAAGCAACGUUGCAUUUAUUCUCUUUUAUCCUUUUAUACUGCCCUGAAAUGUGGGGCUAGGUUAAAUGUGGACAAUGAAAAGGCUGCAUGGGGAACGUUACUUAACUGUACAUUGUAUUAUAUCGUGCAAUGCUUACAUUUUUCGGUAGCCUGUUUCGUUUCCAUUUGGAAGGGGAUUUAUGUCAACUGGGAGCUUAAGACUUCAUUGGAAGUGUGGAUUUACCCCUAAGCAGCAUGUUCCAUACAUUCUCCAGCAAUGAGGCAAUACAGGGAAAUUACUUGGAACUAACAAUUGAUCCUUAAGCAAAUGAAGUUGGUUCUCAAUAAGUCUUAAGUAAUAAAAGUGGAAUUAGAAAUUCUCUCCCUGCCUUGCAUUAUGUUCUCCAUUCUCUGUGGAACAGUGCUGGACACUUAGGGAUGAUUCCAUUAGCACUGGAUUUAGGGUGUUGCGGACAGGUGCAAAAUAAUAAUCUUAUUGAGAAGAUCCACCAAAAAGCAAAUGAACUAAAAGUCCGCCCCUUGUUCCAUUGAUGCACAGGAAUGAUAAACAUUACAUUCUGCAAAAUAGAUGGACAGUAGUGAGAUGGCUCCUGAGGUGGUAAAUCCAGGAUGAACACCACUGGGAGCUUCCAUGUCCCGGAAAGCUCUUGUGUGAACCAGCCAGUUAAUGAUUACCAAGCAGUAAAGGCCAUAAAAACAUGAGUCAGUUGGUGUUUGGGCUCUCUGAUUUGCACCUGCUUUGACAGAGGUUCAGGCCAACGUGGUGCCUGCAUGUGCAAAUGGUUACACACCAAUUCCUGUUGGUUAGUAGGGUCUGCACAAUUUGGUCUCAGUCUAGAGGCCCAGCACGCAUGGCUGUAAAACGGUGCUCUGUUUCCUGAGGAGAUUAUAUAAUCUCAAAGUACAGAGACGGCCAAAUGGACUCCGAAAGAGCUCCAGGCAUAUGGACCCAGGCUUGCCAAAAAUGCAAGUAAUUCGAAACUAUAGCGGGACACCACAGCCAGCUCCACAUGACGGCCCUCCUUUACAUAUCCAGAUCGGGGACAUAAUUGAACUCAUCAAAGGGGAUGCACACAGCUUGUUUUGGCAGGGUAGAAAUGUAGUGACCCGGGAGCUUGGUUUCUUUCCAAGUGAUGCAGUAAAGCCUUGCCCUUGCGUUCCUAAACCAGUAGACUAUUCUUCCCAACCAUGGUAUGCUGGAAUGAUGGAAAGGCCGCAAGCAGAGACUGAACUUAUUAACCGGGUAAACAGCACAUACUUAGUGCGGUAUAGGACUACGGAAUCGGGAGAAUAUGCCAUCAGCAUUAGCAUUAAGUACAAUAAUGAAGUGAAGCACAUAAAGAUUUUCACAAGAGAAUGCUUUUUUCACAUUGCAGAAAAUAGGAAAUUUAAAAGUUUAAUGGAACUUGUGGAGUAUUACAAGCACCACUCUCUCAAAGAAGGCUUCCGAAGUCUGGAUACAACUCUUCAGUACCCAUACAAAGAAUGUGAAAAUUCGCUGGACCAACGGAGCAACAGAGCAAGUGGCAACAGAGCAUGUGGCAACUCAGUGCUGAGUCCCAAGGUUCUCGGUAUAGCUGUUGCCCGCUAUGACUUCUGUGCGCGAGAUAUGCGUGAACUGUCCCUGGUCAAAGGAGAUGUGGUCAAAAUUUACACCAAGAUUAGUGCCAAUGGCUGGUGGAGAGGUGAAGUAAAUGGAAGGGUGGGUUGGUUUCCCUCAACGUAUGUAGAAGAGGAUGAAUGAUUUGGAGACUUAGCUGGUGCUCUCGAUCAUAAACUUCAGGGACUGUGAAUUUCAGCCAUCUGCAAAGCAUUAUUCGUCUUGUUAAGUAUUUGAAAUGCAGCGCUCCUGUCUGUUAAAACCCUCCAGUCUUAACACUGGGAUUACUGAAGAAGUUUGUGUUGACAGAUUAAUAUCUCACUCAGAUCUGUGCAAAGAAGCAAACUGCCUGCCCAUCACCACUGGGGACCAGUUCAAAACUCUAACUUCACCUUCCUGAAAAAUCACUUCAAAACAGACUUUUUAAAAAACGCUUCUUUUCAUUCCAUCCUGCUGUACACAUUGAAUACUAAGUAUGGGUAGCUAUUUACUAACCUUCGUUUCUUUUUUCUUUUCCUGUUAGCUAACAUCUCUGAUGGCAUUAGGAGAUGAAGGCUUGCUUUAUUGUUGCCUAUCAUAGCUUCCAGGAGGAGGGGUGGGGGGAGUUUUAGCAUUCCAGUAGUCAUGUGGUCAAUAUUAUUUGUCUUGAAAUAUCCAGCAGCAGCAAUUAACCUUGCCAAUGACUGCAUAGCCAUCAAGGAUGCAGCCUCUAAACACACUUUAUGGGGACUAAGCUAAAUUCAACACAGCUCUGCGUGUAAUUCUGGGGAGGAAAAAUACAAAGGAGUUCAGUCUUUAAUUCAAGGGUCAUUUUAACUGGCUUGUCUGUGUCGUCUUCUCUCUUCCCCACCCCCCUUUAAAAAGUUUUAUGAAAUAGCAAACUUCAGGAAGUGUUUUGUGGGUUACCAUACAGUUGUGUUAGAAAAAGGGAUUGAACUGUGCUUUCUUUCUGAGACAAAUGGUAAUUUCCUCAUUCACCGGCUUUCAUUAUUGGGCUGGAGGACUCAUAUUUUUUCCACUUAUAAUAGUAAAUUGCAAUAUUUGGUACAAGUUAAUAAGCUCCUUGCAGUUUCUAGGACACUAACAAUCAGAUCUCUGAGGGUUCUCGCCUUCAUGUUUCAUCCCUCCGUUUUGUCAAGUAGAGAGCAGAAUUGCAGAACUGUAUAGGAGAGCAAGUAAUACCUGAUGCCCAGAUCCCAAGAGUUAAAACAGUAGAGAAUGAUGCCACACACAACACGUAACAAGAAAAUAUUCAAGCAAAUUGUCUGGCGAAUACAUAGGGUGGGAUCCGAAGGAUCUGGUGCUUCCUGAACUGAUUGAAGACCCAAGUUUCCCAUACCUGUACCUCUUUCACCAAGAAGCUGCUCCUGAAGGUCAGAGCAUACUUCCACCAUGGGUUCCCUACUUGUGAGAAGCUGAAAGCAGAAGUGAAAACCAAAAAAAAUUCCCUGCAUGUGCAAAAGCACUCUGGAUUAACAAGGAGGGCCUCUUGGAUCCACCAUCAGAAAAACAACAACACAUCUCUGGAUGAUGUUUUGCCUGAGUGUCAUUACCCAUAAAAUUAGCAGAAGCCUUGGAUAUCUUUGUUCCAUCUCACAAGGUUGUGUAUUGUGCCUAGAGACCAUCCCAACUUGGUGCACACAGCGCAUUCUGUCCCCCUCUCUCCCCUUGCCAUUCCUAAUGCUCACUUGCCUCUAGUUGAAUGCUUGGCCAUUCAGUUGCCAAUUGAUCCAGAAUUUGCAAGGCCUCUCCAAUCUGCCCCCAUCAAGGAGCUUUACAUCAAGCAAAGAGGAUAUCUCUGCGUAUACCUGUAGCCUACAGAAGUUCAAAAUGAUGUCAACUUUGAUUUUAUUGAAUACAUCAUUUUGGUGGAACCAGCUGCAGCAUUUGUAAAAGAUUGCAGAAAUGUAUUUUAUAAAAUGACCUGAUCUUAAAUGUUAGAUUAGGAAUGCUCCCUUGGUGCUUUUUUCCCCUGUACUAACUAGUUUUGUCUAGUGGACUUGAUCUCUAAAUGGGCAAAAUUGCUUUACCAAAAGCUAUUUCUGACUUUUAAUGGGAUAUGGUUUUGUCUCUAGGUCUGUGAAAUGUAUUGUGCUGUGUCAUCAGUGUUUAUCUGUCUUGUAGAGGGAGAAGCAGCUUAAGGUAAAGAUUAAGAAAUGUAUCUUUUCAAGAAAAGAUUUUGAUUAAUAGUUUAGGUAACCUAAAGUUGCUGUUUGCUAAUUGUUGCAACUCAGGGGCUUAAUGGAACUCAGUGAAGUCAUGUCAUAUCUAAACACUUCCCUCCUAUUCACGCACCUCGGCCCAGCAGUUCUUUAGGGGCAGGGGAUUUCCACUUGUGGAAGAGCUUCUGCAUUAACUUCAGCAAGAGGAGAGAAACAGUAUGGUUUGUGCAACUGAAGUGGUCAGUUUUCAAUAGCAGAUAAACACCUUGCUCAUCUCUUGGUUCCAUAAAUCACUCUCUCCACCUGCCUGUUAGAACAAGGAGGGACUUCUCUUGGUUUCACAGCAGUGGGGAGGAGAGGGUAAGGGUGGACCAAGGCUCCAUCUUCUUUUACUGUUGCAUAUCUAUUAAGGGUUGAACAGAGUCUCUGGAUUGUGACUUUGCAAUCCAACAUGAAACCUUUUGCACUGCCGGGCUUUCUCUUCUCUUUCCAGGGUAGCGAAUGUAGGAGCUUAGUCAUUCUGAAGCUCUGUGUGUGCACCUGCAGAACUCUGGACAGGACUGUGCUUGUUGUGUUGUUUGUAAUGCCCUGUGUUGAACAAAUUAAACGCUGCAUUGUAUUAUAUUUCAAAUACCAAAGAUUUAAAAUGCCAGAGCCAUUGCUUUCCCCCCCUUCUUUCUGCAAUGCAUUUUCUUUUUGCCUCUCUGCCUGACCUUGCUCUCACUCGGGGAGCUGGGGCAGUACUUUAAUUUGUAAUAUUGUGUAAAUAUGUGAAUAUAUUAAUAAACUGGUUAAUUUCUUGUUUAAUGA